AUUGUCGUUUUGAAAACAGCCACAAUCUGUAGUUACAUCAGAAAUGCAGGGCUUUGUUUACCUGUUAACACUAUUAUAAACAAUACUGCAAACAUGUACAAGUAUGUUUAUAACUGUUUUAGUAGGUGCUGAAUUUGUGAUGACAGUUUGUGGUGUUAAAGGUGAAUUUCUCAGGCCUAUCGAGGUGGUAAUGUGUGAUGUCUGUGUGAAGGCUUUUUGUGGUUUUAUUGUUGUUGCGUAUUUUACAGCAUUAGGAACUGUGGGAAAUUUUGACCCUCCAACAGGUCAAUGACGUUUGGUAAUUUCCCUUUCAUUUAUUUGUUUUUCCUCAUUGAACAAAUUUCAAACCGAGCUAAUGCUACGCUACAUUAGCGCAAGUCUGACAAACUCAUUGCUUUGACAGAAAAUCAAAUGUAAUUUUGUUUAAUUACUUCAGAAUCAAGCUUUAUUUUGUUAGAAUUUUUAGAAGUAUUUAGUCAGAUACACUACUGUUUUUUGUUUCAUUUCUUCAAUGUGGAAAACCUGAUUUUAGAACCUCAAAUCAAUGCAUUACAUGAGUUUCUUCAGAACUCUACUAAAACAAACUUACAGACAGCACACAGUUCAAAUUACUUGACAAUUUAGUGGGGUUUUUUUUAAAUCUUUUAGUUUUGUCAGAUUUUUCCACACCCCUUUAACAACUUACACUUGUGAUUCCUCAACAAUAAUAGUACUUACUUGGACACAAACACUGUUUGCCUUUAUUUCUUUCAAAGAUGUUACUCAAAUCUAGUGAGCUAGAAUCCUUUAUUUUUUCCAUUCUUCCUUUUAAUAGUUUCUAAAGCUGUAGACAAUUGAUUUUACUUCAGCUGUCAAUCUAAUAUUUAGAAUCUCAUUUAAUAAUGUUUCAUUUAACCGGAAUGGCUAUGCAUUAAGUUUGUGUGUAUGAUAUUUUCUAUGAUAUAACACGUUCAUGCAGUUUCUUUUUGACUUUCAGCAAGGUGUAAGCAACGCUGAGAAGUUUGACUAUGUGAUGAACUUUAUGAAUAAGUUGGCAGGAAAUGAAUAUGUUGGUUUCAGCAAUGCUACGUUUCAGUCAGAGCGACUGUCAGGUGACAGAAACUUUGCCAUUGGUUACUACUUGAAGGAAAAGAAGUGUUUCCCAGAGGGUACAGAUAUGAUCUCCAUCCUGGACCUUUACUUCCAGCUGUGCUCCAUUGAGGUAACGUGCGAGAGUGCCAGUGUGAUGGCAGCUACCCUGGCGAACGGCGGCUUCUGUCCAAUCACGGGCGAGCGCGUGCUGAACCCCGAGGCUGUACGGGACACUCUGAGUCUCAUGCACUCCUGCGGCAUGUACGACUUCUCCGGACAGUUCGCUUUCCAUGUUGGUCUCCCGGCUAAAUCAGGUGUUUCUGGAGGCAUCCUACUGGUGGUCCCCAAUGUGAUGGGCAUUAUGUGUUGGUCUCCUCCUCUUGACAAAUUGGGCAAUAGUGUGCGAGGAAUCCAGUUUUGCACGGAUCUGGUCCAGCUCUGUAAUUUCCACAACUAUGAUAAUUUACGGCAUUUUGCCAAGAAAUUGGAUCCACGCCGAGAGGGUGGAGACCAGCGGGUGAAGUCAGUUAUUAAUCUGCUGUUUGCGGCCUACACAGGAGACGUGUCAGCUCUGAGAAGGUUUGCGCUAUCGUCAAUGGAUAUGGAGCAGAGAGAUUACGACUCUCGGACGGCCCUUCAUGUCGCUGCUGCUGAAGGUCACACUGAGGUUGUGCGUUUCCUCCUAGAGGCUUGUAAGGUGAACCCAGUGCCCAGAGACAGGUGGGGUAACACUCCCAUGGACGAGGCCAUUCAUUUCGGCCAUCACGACGUUGUAACGAUCCUGCAGGACUAUCACAAUGCUUACAGCCCUAAGGAGACCACUGCCGACAGCGAAAAGGAGACGGCCGAGAAUAAUCUGGACGGGAUGCUGUAGAGAUGAUCUGUUGCGUUAAAACACUCCAGAUUUUUCUCAGUGAGUCUGUGUGUCUGAGGUACGCAUUUGAGAAGAAACCAUGUAAAACACACAAAAAAAAGCCUUUGGGCCCCUUUACAGUGUUGUGAUGUUUAUGUGUAUGAUGUGUAACCUCUGGUAAUUUUGUUUUAUCUUACACUCAGGGGAGUGUAGCCUCAUAAAGGUCUUAUUUAGCUGUAUCUCCACAUAAACACAUUUUGAAUAGAAUAUGCUCAAUACUUCUAUAUGGUUCAUGUACAUUCAUGUAUAGUUUGAGAACCUUCAUAGAUGCAUAAUAAUGUCAGAUAUUAAAGAAAAUAUAUCUAGGAAAAAGCUUGAUUGGAG